GUCUUUGGCUCAGUGUGAUAAAACGGACAGGCAAAUGAAUGGGAACCAUGGCCUUAUAAAGACCAGUUGGUCCACUCUAGUUUGUAUGUAUGGUUUGUUUGAGAAUGCCGUUACGAUUCGAAUAUAUACCGGGAAGAAUGGUGACCGUGUCUGAAUAUCCAAAAGCAAUGAGGUCUGUUCUACUUGUAAUGUUGUUCAUACUACUAUGCUCUGGAGCAGGUGAAACACAAGGACAAACUAGACGUAUUACCGACGAUGAAAUAGCAGCUCUUGGUGAAAUUGCUGAACAAUUGGGUAAAAAGGACUGGAAUUUGAGUUUGAACGAAUGUGAUGAAAAUGGGAAUUGGCUUCCACCAGUGAAGUACGGCUUGACGUAUGAAAGUAAAGUCAACUGCAACUGCCUUCGUGAUCGAUGUCACAUUAGCGCCAUAAAUUUGAGAGGGCAGGAUCUUCCUGGUGUCCUACCAAAGUCAAUAGCGAAGUUACCCAACCUAAUAUAUAUGUGGGAAUGCUUCCAAUUAGCUAAAUUUACAUAAUUUUCCAUGUCUGUUGAUUUUUACCUGGUCAUUGCGUUGAGAGUUUUGUCAAUUGUUUCAGUGAUCUCAAAUACAACUUUCUCAGUGGUUCUAUUCCUCCUGAAUGGAAUUCUACCAAGUUGAAAUAUU